AUGGAAGCUGCAAAGCACUUUCACAAUCUUGGGAUCAAUACAGAUCUUUGCAAACAGCUAGUCGCAUCGUACGAUCACAUUCAUAGGCCAACUUUGAGUCAAGCUUUGUACCUGAAAGCAGUGCGAAAGCAAACCGAUAUCAUCCUAAGAGCAAGUACCGCUACUGGAAAAUCAUUUGCAGCACUACUUUCCGCUUUGAACAAAGAUCCUACUCUUUUCGAUAAAGUACGAGAAGGGAUGCAAGAUGGUAUAAAAGGCAACAAAUUGCAAAACAUACAAACGAUCAUCGUUGUGCCAACUCGCGAACUUGCCUUACAGUACGGCAACUGGGCCAAAAGUCUUGUGCCUGAAUCACUUCACCAAAAGCUCAGUACGAUUGUCAAUGUAAAGUACUACACCAAACAAAUCACAGCUUCAGAGCAUCUUAAAGAGUUGCGCAAAGAAACACCACGAAUCUUGGUAAUCAAAGCAAAGCUAUUUUGGCAAUUAUUGCAAGAAAAGGAUGCGGAUAGAUUCCUGAUUCGUAACCUCAAAACGCUCAUACUGGAUGAAGUGGAUGAGAUGCUCGAAUUACCAGGAAAAUUUCCAAAUCAAAAAGUUAUCUGGAAACAUUCUAAACAUCCGCCUCCUGCUCUUGAAGCGAUGAAGAUGAUCAUGACUUUGCGCAAGACCCAUUCGAGUGGAGAAUUGAUGCCUAUGAGUGGAUUGGAGAAUGAGAAACAACUGAACAGGCUGCCCGAAGACGUUCGCGACAGAAAUCUGACCUUUGUCAAAACGCUUGAAAGGAACAAAAAGGCGUCGUCAGAGACAUCAAGUGAUGAAGCAAAUCAACAAGGUGGCUCGAACCUACCUCGCUUUUCAACUUCACCCCUGCAACUGGUCGUUAUGAGUGCGACAGCAAAUGCAGUCCUUCGACACUUCCUCGGUGCACGAACGGGAUGGUUACGUACAGGUAUUCGCGAUCCCGUCACAAAUGUAGAAUUGGGUAAAUGGAUCGAUACGACAGGGUUGAGUAGUGGGGUAAAGAAAGCCGAUGAAAUGGAAGGAAUUCGAAUUUUGCCAGUAGGCACAUCGUUCCCAGUGCAAGUACCAAAAGAGAUCAAUCAUUUCUCUGUGGUGGUGGAUGAUGUUCCUGAUACGCCAGAAGGUGAAGGAGACAACUCCGCCACCGGUCCUUCGAUUGGAUGGCGAAAUUUGAAAAAUCUCAAAUCGAAUGAAUCAAAUGAAGUGAUACGCAAUGCGACAAAAACGACGACAGACAAACCUGAACUGAACACUGCAAUGCUCACUUGUCUUGCAUUCAUUUAUGCUACCCAAGGUGUACGGAAAGGAAUGUUGGUCAUCCCCGAUAACCUCAGUAUAUUCUCAGUAAUGACGUUCUUGCGCGAAGUCGGAGUUCCAGUCCAAGCCUUCCACGAAUAUCAAGCAUCUCAAUCGAACGCUGACGCUGAAGAAGAGUUCCUGCUUGUCACUUCGAAAGCUACCAUUCGCGGUCUGGACGUACCUGGUGGUCUUUCUCACAUUUUCAUCUUGGGCGUAGAUGCGAUCGGAGAUGCUUCUACGUAUACGCACAUAGCAGGAAGAGUGUCUAGAUUGGGCAGUCAUGUGGGAACGCAAGAAGAGGUACAUCAACGACCGGCUGGUUCAGUGAUUACGCUACUGCAUGGUUUGAGUAAACAAGACGUGAAGAUGUCGUCAAUCUAUAAGCAACUUUCACUACCACUGCAAAAGAUCCAACCUCUGAAAACAAAGGUCGAACCCUCCUCGGACGACUGA